UCAGCAUCCUCAGACUGUGAAGGCGGGGGUGUUUUUUUAUUUUUUUUAUUUUGAAGCUGGCUUCUUUCAGCUGUGAAGUAAAUGGCAGAAGCAGGCAGAGAGUGUUCGAGUACUUACUAUUGACUAUUUCCCACUUCCCCGCCGUCCCCCUCUCUGUGAAAGGUCUGAACUGAGACAUCUUUUCUUCUGAGCUCCCCAAAAGCAGAAGACCCCCUUCAUGCACCUCACCAGCACCAACAUGCACAUCAAGGAUCUGGGGAUGCAACCCGUCUGACCAGGAACUGAGGCGAACCAAACAGACCAGAAGAAACUUUUCUUCCUGCCACGAUCACGCUGAACUGUGACCACUACUGAGAUUUUUUAAAAACGGGGUUUUCUUCCUGUUUUCACGAGUCUGACUCUGUUUUUACGCGGGUGAGCAGCGCGUGUUUUUGUCACCUCCCAGCUCCUUCUCAGUGCUCGCAGGCGUCGCCAUGCGCUUCGUAUAGGCUACUGUAGUUAAAGUGAGACCUGCUGCUUUCCUCCGGCAGGACACUUCUCCUUCCUUUCGUUUGGACUCCGGACCGCGCGUCAUGGCGCGACACCUGAAAACGGUUCCUUUGCAGGACCGUGUAGCCUCAUUGUGAGUGGAUCUAUUUUUUUUUUCAGGAGAGGUGGGGGCAUGCUCUCCUCGUCUCUAGUGGAGAACAUUUCUAAAGAGAAGAAAGUAGAAAAAGAAGAGUGAACUGCAGGAAGGAGAAAAAAGGAAAACAGAGGUUACCUAAGAGACUGGUUAACUUGGUUGUGGAUGUUCGAUCAGGCCACGACUAUGGGCGAUGGGAGCCACCGCUGUGGACCCAACCCCCUGUGCCCGGACAGGAUCGAGAGCAAGUGCCGCACUGAGAUCGGAGGCAGGUCCCCGGUGCAGAGUUCCACGGACACGCCUGGGACGUCCGCGUCCACGCCGACGUCCUCCAGCGAGGAUGGGCACGACAAACUUUUAGGAGUGGACCCUGACUACUGUCGGAGGAUAUUAGUGAGAGACGCCAAAGGCACCAUCCGGGAGAUCGUCCUGCCCAAAGGCCUGGACCUGGACCGGCCCAAGCGGACGCGCACUUCAUUUACGGCCGAGCAGCUGUACCGACUGGAGCUCGAGUUCCAGCGGUGUCAGUAUGUGGUGGGGCGCGAGCGAACAGAGCUGGCCCGGCAGCUGAACCUGUCAGAAACACAGGUCAAGGUGUGGUUCCAAAAUCGUCGGACCAAACAGAAAAAGGACACAACCAAGGAUUCCGACAAACGUUCUUCCUCCACGUCCGAGUCUUUGGCCACUUGCAACAUCCUCCGCCUCUUGGAGCAGGGCCGGCUCCUGUCAGGACCCGCCCCGCCUCCAAACUCUCUACUGGGGCCUCCAGCUCACCCAGCCAAUGGCUCCCUGCUCAGCAGUCCAGGUGGGGGCUCCUCCACCUCCCCUGGCAUCAGCAGCAGCACCCCUCCCAGCUCCCUGCCAGGCGGGACAUUUGGACUUUCCCUUCCCUCUCUGGGCGGCACUCCGCCAUCACCGAGGCUGGGAGUCCCACCACCACACUCCCUCUGCUUUUCCAUGCCGCUCCUGGGGGGAGCCCAUCACGAACUGACCUCCUCAUAUGGCUGCGGUUCCUCUGCCUUUGAGCCAUACAUGCGGCUGGACAGGAAGGAGGCAGAUCUAGGCGGGAAGAAGACAGUCUCCUAAACAGGAAGUUCCUGUUUUAGCUUCCUCCCUGUCACCCUGUCAAGAGGGCACCUUGGAGCACGACGAUGCUCUGGUUGCUUUCUCACAGCACCAUUUUGUGCCACAGCACUGUUUAGUACACUGUCACAAAAUGGUGAAAAGGACUUGAUGGAAAGGGACAGUUCCACUCAUCCACAUUACAAAAAAACAAAUUUUUUUGAAGAUUUGCUGUGUGUGUUUGUUGCAGACAAAUGUUUUUAUCACCACUGUCAGCACAGUGGCUUUAAGUGACUCUUCACUUUGUGUCUAGUGAGUUUGUCUGUCUGAUUUCUCUCUACAGGCCUUCAUUUACUGUUCAGGGAGAAGAAAAAAAAUACUUGACAAGAAUAUUUCAGAAAAAAACCCAGAAAGACGUCUGAAUGAGAGGGGAGGUCUUUCAACCACAGCAGUAUGUCCACAUUUCUAUACCUGUUCCCGUGGCCAUGUUGGAUUUUAUUUGGUGUGCUAUCACAAUAGAAACAAACAAGAAAAAAAAAAAAGACUCGUAGCAUUUUAAUAUCAGUCUGUUUGGUGUCCAGCUGUAGUCUUUGUAAACUCUUUCUUUGGUUGUGUUUGUGUAUGAAACAGUAAGUGAUAGGAUCUGGGCAAGCAAGGCGAAUCCACAUAUCUGCAGUUGAUGGUUCAGCGUAAAAAAAAAAAAAAGGAAACUGGAAAGUUUGCCAAAGUGAUUUGCAGACAGAGCUUUGGAGGUGCCCCCUCCGGUCAAUGAAGCAAGCUGAUGUCGGGUGACUUCUCGGCACAGAUUCAUGUGUACAUCUUUCAAAAAAAAAAGGCAAAAUCAGACUCAGAGAAAGUUUGGUGCUGAAAACGUUCAAACCAAAUCUAAGUCGGGGGAUUACUGUGUUGGAGCUGCAGCGCUUGUUGAUAAAAAUUGAGAACCAAUCUGCAAGUUUUUACCUUAAAUAUUCACUUUGGGGCUCCAACAUGUACUUAAAGUGAGUGUUUGUGAAGAUUUCUUGUCAGGAAAUCACAGAAAUAAAAUACAUCCCAGACUUAUCUGUUGGAGUUUUUGUAAGGAUGCAUAACUAUUUGAUAACAUUCGCUUAUUUUGCCCUUUUUCCUCCAACAUCUUUGGUAUUAGUUUUAUUAACGUGGAACUACAGGAGGUUAGCAUAUUUGUUAUCCCGCUGUCCUUCAUAUUAAUUUUAUGUUUUUUAAGUUUCUGCUUUCCUUUAUUGCCAUUAUGGCUCAGCCUCCUGUCACCCAUCCACAUUUCAACAAUGAAAGUAUUUCUUCUGACUUUAUUUUUAAAAGCACUUUAUUUUUUUCCUUGGUAGUCUGAAUUAAUGCAAUUAAAUUUUGCAUUAACUAGCCAGUUAACAUCCUGUUCUUUUUAGGUCUAUGGCAUUGAAUUUGCAGAUUUGAAGUUGAAUCUGCACUUGAACAAGUCAAAUUUAUUUAUGACAAGCAUUAGGUGGUUUUAUUUGUUUCUCUUUCAUAUGAUGACAUUUAUUCAAGCUCCUUUAUUGUCCAGAGAAAAACAAAAAUCACCUGUGAAAACCAGUCAUUUGCCAGAGUUUGGCCUCAAUUUGUGCGUGUCAGCUGAGUUUUCACCUCUUCACUCCUGUCUCUUGUGUGUUUUUUUCCCUCUAGAUCUUUUCAUUCCUCCUGAAUGUGAUUUUUUUUUUCUGGCGCUCAUUUUCUCCCAGGCCAUCUAAAGGUGGCUUGAUGCAUAGCAUAAAAAAGAAAAAAAAAGAAAGAAAAAAGUGCACUGCCAUGACAUCAAUUUGGGAAUGCAUUUACAGUAAAUAGUUGUCUGGUUUUUGAAAGAGCCCUGCAUGCUUCCAGCUGCAGAAACAUUUUCUGGUGGGGUUGGGGGGGGGGUCUGACCUUAUAUUUGCUUGCUGGCCGGGCCUUUUUGCACCCGUGUUGCAUCAGCUCGAAUCUAAUGAUUUCUUGUUGUUUUCUUCAGACUGCAGCAGUGCUGCAGAGAACAUGCUUGCUGCUCUUUGCAGCUUUCACCUGCGCCCCUGUUCAACACUAUUAUUUUCUAUAAGCACAUCUAUAAUUUACAAACUCUGCCAUCAAAUAUUGAGCAGAGAAAUGGAGCUGAGAGGUCAGAAGCCCUGGUUUUUAGUUCACCAUUUUUUUUUCUCUGUAUCUGCUUUGUUUCCUUUCUAUGGCAGUGUGAACAAACUAUUUGCUCUCGUUGCUUUCUGGAAUAUUUUAAUUUCUCUGACUUUAGCUGCUCAACACAGCCUGUUAAAAGCUCCAAAUGAUUGAAAACUGCUCCCUUAUCAGUUAGCAUCGCAUGUUUUUGAAGAGGUUUCAUGUUUCAGCCUUGAUUGCAUUUUCUGUCAUAGCUCAGACAUAGAUUAGCUUUUUUUUGACAACGAAUCUGCAGUAAUUGCUGGAUAAAUUUAGCUUUGGAGAUUUUGUCACACAACACAAGCAAACAAACAGAGAAAAUCUGCAGUUUGUCUUUCCAUUGUUGCCGUAAGGAUGUUUUAUUCUCACUGGAUGCAAUCAGCACCACCCUGUCAAGGACCUGUCACACCUUUUUAGGCCACUGACUUUCUUAAGGUUGUUUUUUUCUGAUUUAUUGGUAUUGGUUUCUGGUUAUGCACAGUCGAGGUCCUACAGGGGCCUAACUUUGCUUUUUUUGAGCAGUAAAACCUUCUUCAACAAAAACAGCACCAGCUACUACUUAUAAUAAACAACCUGUACAUACAGUAGAUAUGACUUUAUAUAUAAAUAUAUAUGAAUGGGUCUUUGCACAAUUUAUCUCCAUGUCUGCUCCGUGUGAUUUUACCAGGAUAAAAACAAAAAUGUGAAAGAAAGUUCAGAAAAAAAACUUUAUAUAUGCUUUACAAUUCUUUGUCUCAUUAACAUUUUGCACUUAUUUAAAGAGGCUUACCUUGGUUUCUGGGCUGUCAGAGCUGUUUCACGCUCUACUAUGAUAAUGUACAAUAUGUAUAUGUAUUUUUAAUCAUAUGCAUAUAAAUAUAUGUCUAUGUAAUUUGCCUCUUGUGUUCUGUUUAUUUUAUCACCUUCAGUGCAUCAAGGCCGGACAAACCAAAUGGCUUUGGAAUGAAAAGAUUUUUAGAAUCAGCCUUCAAACCUUCUCUGCAUAUCUGAGAUUUACUAUACACCUCACUCCUCUUUUGUUCUUGUCACUAACCAAGGUAAAGACCUUUUCACCUUUCAGGUCUUUCUCAUGAAAAGCUCAGAAUUUGUAUUCCUAAAAUAUUAAUGACAUUUUUGUUUGGUUGGUUGACACACAAAAGUCUUCCUUCUCUGGCCUACUUGACACUGAAUGAAUUGACGCACUUUGAAUAAUAUAAUUUUUACCUUUUAAUUAGUGUUUUCCCCCCAUAUUUGUUUAAGAACAAAAAAACUGCUGGUGACAAUUUUGUUUUUAUUGGAUUCUGAAAACAUAUUAAUAUUUUUUUGGUUUAUGUGUCACCAACUCUGAGGCCUUACAUCUUCUUAAACCAAAAAGGCUUUUAGAUUUAAGGUAGAAUUAUACUGUAAAGUGCUAAAUAAACAACAAAGAGCCCCUUUUGACUUAUUAUUUUACAGAAGUUCAAAGUGAAGAAACUAUUUUCAACUAAAAUCCUCUUUUUUGAACUGAAUACCAUUGUGAUGUGUGUUUUAGAUCAUAAGGGGUAAACACUUAAAAAAAUCAUCAGGUUAUCUGUUUUUCACUGCAGAAAUGGAGCCUGCUCCAAAGGAGUUUGAAAAAGUAUCAAAAGCACCCUGACAAUAUUAGUAAAUCAGAAACAUGCAAAAUGUACUAAGAGAUAAGUUUAUCAAAAACUAAAGCUAAUCAAGUAAGUGAAAAUAAACCAAAAAUUUUUUUUUAACAAAAAAAGGCAGAAUAUUUACAAUACAAUGAUUAAAAUAUUACCUUUUGAGAUCAAUUGAAGCAAACCAAUUGAAACAUUUUUCUUUAGAUAGAAACAAGAACUUCCUUUUCAGCAUGGGCCGUUUGGAAGGUGCAGGAAACUGAGCUGUUUUGCGGUUCAAGUACAUUAACCUGCAGUAUCGUAAGAGCCUCUGUAUCUCUGACUAAGUUCGGGAUAAUCCAGAUUUAUUGUCUUUCUUUAGAUCCCAGGAGUCCCAAUCCUGCCACAAAAUUUUGAAAAACACACACAGACAGUUUGAUCCCUAUCUAAACCAAAAUAAUCUGGUUUAACAAUCCUUUCUCAAGCCAUUCUCAAGAUUUGACCAAAUCUGGUUGAGAUCUGACCAGAUUACCUGGAACCAACUGGGUCUGUUGGGUAGAGGUUGAGCCUUUGAAGUUUUUGCUUUUGCUGAGUUUUAUGUACCGGUAUUUGAAAAAAAAGAAUCCACAGCAACAAAACUAAAAAGGGAAGCAAAACCUCAAAAUAAUAUACCGGUACUAAAUAUUAUACUGGUAGUCAAAGAUUUUGUAUUACAGUGAUGGAUAAAAAAGUAAAAUACAAAAAUAAUAAAAAUGGUCCAUUUUCUUUUUUCCUGCUAAAUGAAUAGUAAAGCUUGUCCACAAUAACGACAGAUGAACAGGAAUCUGGUUUUGCUUUUAACCAACUCUUUAUUUAAAUCACAUUUUGAUGAUUUCAUACCAAAGCUGCCAUAAAUGGAUGUGAAAAACUAUAUGGAAAUAAAGAACAACAUGUAGCUUUGUCAAAGCACUGAAGGUAAUAUGGCACUUUUAUGCCCUGUUGGCUCAGACGUUUGAGAGGGGCACCUCUUUGGGAUGGGACAAUUGAUCUGUGGGGUGCCAAUUAUAGUGAUUGGCACCUUUCUAUGAGUGAGGAAGGGGCGAGAGGGCCAGAAGAAAGAAGACCAGAUGGGUGGCCUGUUUUAGAGGCGGAGAGGCAGAACUGGGCGGGGCAGAACUGAGUUACUCUCUAGCAGCAAAGCAGGAAGCUGCAGUAAAGAGCUCUCAAAAGAAGACCUACACAGAAGGGAUCUUUAGGUUUUGGGGGAAAACCACAAAUAUUACUAAAAUCUAACAAUCAAUAAGGCAAUUAUGACAAAGGUAAACUAAUAAGUAUGGUUGUAUUCACUUCAUGGGAAACACUGAAUUCUUAAAAAUUAAUUUACUGUGUGGUUGUAAUUUAAUGAUUGUUGUAUUUUGUGAAAUAAAAAUUACAUGUUUUUAUUCAAA